UACAAGUGAUGCAAUUACAGACACCAGCAAUAUAACAGAAAUGGAGCUAAUCACGGUAGCUCUAGAAGACAUGCUGAAUCACUAUGAUAAACGAAUACGACCUGGAUAUGGAGGUGAACCAGUAGACGUACAGUUAAAUCUUAACAUAAGAUCUUUGGGACCUAUAUCUGAAAUGGACAUGGCAUUUACCAUGGAUUGCUACUUCCGGCAGGUUUGGACAGAUCCUCGAUUGGCAAUGGGAACGACUUAUAGCAACAGCACUAAAUCCGAUGAAUUUAUUCAACUAAGUAUAAAGAUUUUAGAGAGAAUUUGGUACCCUGACACAGUAUUUUAUAAUGGCAUGAAGUCAUAUUUACAUACAAUUACUACACCUAACAGAUUCAUCAGAAUAUAUAGGGACGGAAAAAUCUUGUUUUCGCAAAGAUUAACCGUUAGAGCGAAUUGUAAAAUGGAGCUGAGAAAAUAUCCCCUAGAUGAACAAAAUUGUCCCCUGCAUAUUGGAAGUUUUGCAUAUUCUACAAAAGAUGUAACAUAUUUAUGGCGCCAUGAAAACCCAGUGGAAAUGCCAAAGGAUAUGAGACUAUCACAAUUCGAUCUUUUGGAAACCCCUUUCAAUUACACGUCUGUGAAUUUCUUUAAAGGCGCAUGGCAUACAGUGCUUUCCGUAGAUUUCCGAUUAAGUCGACAUCUGGGAUAUUUUCUAAUCAAUGUUUAUGUCCCAUGCUGUUUGCUCGUAAUUUUGUCCUGGGUUGCCUUUUGGAUAAACAGAGAGGCCACAGCGGACAGAAUAGCCUUAGGUACAAUGACAGUAUUAACAAUGACAUUUCUCGGACUGGAGUCACGGAGUGAUUUACCACGGGUAUCAUAUACAACAGCCUUAGAUAUCUACAUUGCCAUGGCUUUCUGCUUCGUGUUAGCAACCAUGGUCCAAUUUGCAGCUGUUCAUAAUUACACGAAGCACGGAUAUGGCGAGCCACUUCCUCCGCCACCCGAGAGUCAUGGCACGGGGGAUGAAGAAGACGAGGAGCAUGAAAAAUUGCUACCAACAAGAAGACCUGGCACACGAACUGCACGAUUGAAGCGACAACGUGCACAUCGAGGCCACAGUCAUACAAACGGAGGUCAUCACUUUAGUCGUGCAUCGAUGAAAAGGGCAGCAUCAAAAGUUUGGAGAAGUUUAACGAGACUAUCUAAAAAGAAACAGGAAGAAGACCAAACCAAUAGUGUCAGUAAAAUAGACAGGGCUGCUAGGAUAUUAUUUCCAUUUACAUUCUUUCUAUUUAAUGUACUGUAUUGUUUAAUAUACUAUUUACUGUAGCAAAUAUUUGGCAUAUUAACUAUGUGUGAUAAUGUUUUACGUGAUACUAAAUAUUUGCCGUAGAGGCAUGAAAGUAACAAUUGAUUAAUAGCCUCAGCAGCUAAAGACACUAUGUUACCACAUUGAAUACAGAUCUCUGUACGUAUGGAUGUUUACAAGUAAAACGAUUGUGAAUAUAACAUUGUGAUAUAAUAGUCAAAUUAUGUUCUCUACAACUUUGCACAAUGUAUAUUAUAUAAUAAUAUGACUAUGAAAUGAAAAAUAUACAAAACAUUUUGAAAA